AUGUCUGCUACGGAAGUCCAAACCACGACUGCUGCCAGCGAAAAGUCGCUUGGCAUGCGGAAGAAUGGCAAGCAAUGGCACGAAACGAAGAAGGCGUUCAGGCCGACGGCUGGCUUGACUUCCUAUGAGAAGCGCGCCAAGGACCGCGUUGCAAUGGCAUCGAUGAAGGCCAAGGAGAAGGAGAUGAAGGACGAGAAAGAGGCAGAGCGCAAGCAACGUAUCCAAACCAUCAAGGACAGAAGGGCCGCCAAGGAAGAGAAGGAACGCUACGAGAAGAUGGCCGAGAAGAUGCACAAGAAGCGCGUGGAGAGACUCAAGAGGAAGGAGAAGCGCAACAAGGCCAUCAACUCAUGA